AUGAGCGCCGGCGACGCCGUGUGCACGGGCUGGCUCGUCAAGUCGCCCCCCGAGCGGAAGCUGCAGCGCUACGCCUGGCGCCGGCGCUGGUUCGUGUUGCGGCGUGGCCGCAUGAGUGGCGACCGUGAUGUGCUGGAAUACUACCGCAGCCAGCGUGCCACCAAGCCCCUGCGCACCAUCGACCUCCGUGACUGCGCUGUGUGCACACACACUGGCCCAGGUUUCGUGCGCAAGGAGUUUCAGAACCGCUUUGUCUUCGUAGUUAAGACCACUGCGAGAACAUUUUACCUGGUGGCCAAGACUGAGGAAGAGAUGCAGGUGUGGGUGCGCAGCAUCAGCCAGGUGUGCAAUCUCGGGCACCUGCAGGAUGGCACAGCAGGUUCUGCGGAGAGCUUCUCUUGCACGCCCCACUCCCUGCAGCCGUCCCCGGCCAGCUCCCUCCACACCGCCCAUGCUCUCAGCUCCCCGCUGCCAAGAGAGGAGCUGGGCUCUGGUCCGGGAGCCGCUGAGGAAAGCAGAAGUGAGUCAGAGUUUCCCUUCCUUCCCGAUUAUCUGGUUCUCUCCAACUGCGAGACAGGAAGACUGCGCCACGCCAGUGUCCCUACCACAUGUGAGAGCUGGUCUAACCCAUUGGAGCAGACUUCAUUCGAUGAUGUUUUCGUUGACUGCUUGCCACCACUACCUUCCAGUAACCUGGGCCAGCCCUUGCGCCCUGGGAAUGGGGCUCAGGAAGGCCCCCACAGCAGGCCCACAGUGGCCCGCCUCUGGAGCAGAGAGAGCAAUGGGUCCCCCCGGGACCAUCUGUCGUCCUCACAACUGCCGGAAACUUCCUUAAGCCCCACGAUGAAGGUGGACCGACAUCCAAGGCCACAGACCUUCAGCAUGACAGAGUUUGGCCUCCUCUCCAACAUACCGCCUCCUCGGCCCCCUAAGCCCAGCCACCUCUCAGAACGGCGACAAGAUGAGCAGGUCCCAUGGAGCAACCGAGGGGGCCUGACCAGGCCGGGCUGUGCCGUGCUACCAAGAAGGAUCUCUCUAUCUGGCUUAGACCACGUGAGGACGUGGAAAGCUGACGCGGAAUGCCAGUCCCUAAGGUACCGGGACAAGCGGCUCAGCCUAAAUUUGCCAUGCCGGUUCUCCCCGAUGUCUCCCCCGGUCUCAGCUGGCGCCGAGGACAGCUAUGUGCCCAUGGGCCCGCAGGCCACUCCUAGCAUGGGGGCUUGCUGUAGCCCUGAUGACUACAUCCCCAUGAGUUCUGGGGGCCUGUCCAGCCCCCUGCCUGAACUGCCUGCAGACCUGGAGCCUCCACCAGUGAACAGAGAUCUCAAACCACAAAGGAAACCUCGGCCUCCUCCUCUUGACCUGAGGAAUCUCUCUACCAUCCGGGAACAUGCGUCUCUAACCAGGACCCACACUGUGCCUUGCAAUCGGACCAGCUUUCUCUCUCCAGAAAGAAAUGGUUUUAAUUCUGCAAGAUUUUUUGCCAGUCCUGUUUCACGAGAAGAGGAAGAAAGCUACAUCCCAAUGGAGGAGCAUAGAAAUGCCAGCUCUGUCAGCAGGGGAUCACUGAUGUUGACCAAGAAAUUCAGCUUGGACUAUUUAGCCCUGGACUUCAAUUCAGCAUCACCAGCUCCUGUCCAGCAGAAACUUCUUUCAGAAGAGCACAGAGUAGACUACGUGCAGGUGGAUGAGCAGAAGACACAAGCUCUGCAGAGCACAAAGCAGGAGUGGACAGAUGAGAGGCAGUCCAAAGUGUGA